UUGCUGCCGCAGGGAAGGGGGGCUCCCAGUCAGGCAUCUGGAGCAGGCAUCCUGAACGGGUCGUGCCUGCGACUCCGGGAUGGAAGGUCCCCUCGUGACGCUUAACGCCUCGGACCGGCAGAGAGCUUGCGGGAAGUUGCUGCGGGACUGGAUGGGGGCUGUGGCCCGGCUGAGGAGCGGUGAAGGGACCCCGCCCGUGUGGGAAGCCCCCAGCCCCCAGCCCCCUUCCUCCUCCUCCGUAGCCAGCGGGCCGAGCGUCCGGCUCUCGUAGGCCCCUUUCGCAAGAAAAGGGCAUAUCAAGCCGGCUUAGCGGUUGGCCAGACUGAUAAAGCAAGAUGUCUUCUGGUCUCAAGGCAGCGAGCUUCCCCGCCUGGAAGCGGCACAUUCUGAACGAACUGAGGCGACGCGACAGGCUGCAGAGACAGGCUUUUGAAGAAAUCAUCUUGCAGUAUAAUAAGCUCCUGGAGAAGUCAGAGUUUCAUACAGUGCUGGCUGACAAGCUGCAAGUGGAAAAAUAUGAUUUGCCCAGCCGGCCAGAGAUCAGUCCUGGACAUGAUGGUGCAAGGAAUGAUGCCCACUUGCAAGAAAUAGCCCAGCUAAGAAUUAAACAUCAGGAGGAACUGACAGAGCUGUACAAGAAACGUGGCGAGUUGGCCCAAUCUGUGAUUGACCUGAAUAACCAAAUUCAACAGAAGGACAAAGAGAUGCAAUUAAAUAAUGCAAAGAUUGCAGAAUAUUUGCAAAAGAUAUCUGAACUGGAGACAGAGUGCCAGGAUUUACGCAACAAACUACAAGAUCUUGAACGAGCCAGCCAGACUCUUAAGGAUGAGUAUGAUGCUCUGCAGAUAACUUUUACUGCUCUUGAAGAAAAAUUAAGGAAAACUACUGAAGAUAAUCAAGAGUUGGUAACACGUUGGAUGGCAGAGAAGGCUCAAGAAGCCAAUCGACUCAAUGCAGAAAAUGAGAAGGAUUCAAGGAGACGACAAGCCAGGCUUCAGAAAGAACUAGCAGAAGCUGCAAAGGAGCCACUGCCAGCUGAACCGGAUGAUGAUAUUGAAGUGCUGACAGAUGAAACCUCUGAUCCAGCUGAGGAUACCUCUCCUGUGCGUCCCAUCAGCCGUACAACCAGUAAGCGACACUCCCAGCCAGCUGGAGGCCUUCUGGACUCUAUCACUAAUAUCUUUGGUCUGUCUGAGUCUCCCCUUUUGGGACAUCACUCUUCUGAUACUGCCAGGAGGCGCUCUUUGUCUUCAUGUUCUACUCCUCAAGAUAAUGCAGAUGUACCUCCAGGUACAGGCAAAGAGGUUCGUGUCCCUACCACUGCAGUGUGUACUUUUGAUGCUCAUGAUGGGGAAGUGAAUGCGGUACAGUUCAGCCCUGGCUCUCAGUUACUGGCAACAGGAGGCUUGGACCGGAGGGUCAAACUCUGGGAAGUUUUGGGAGACAAAUGUUCACUUAAAGGCUCCUUAUCUGGCAGUAAUGCAGGGAUAACAAGCAUAGAAUUUGAUAGUGCUGGCUCUUAUUUAUUAGCAGCUUCCAAUGACUUUGCCAGUAGGAUCUGGACUGUGGAUGACCAUCGGUUACGGCACACACUCACAGGGCAUAGUGGAAAAGUCUUGUCAGCCAAAUUCCUAUUGGGCAAUGCGCGCAUUGUGUCUGGCAGUCAUGACAGAACCCUCAAGCAGUGGGACCUGCGCAGCAAAGUCUGUAUAAAGACAGUGUUUGCAGGCUCUAGCUGCAAUGAUCUGGUAUGCACAGAACAAUGUGUAAUGAGCGGACACUUUGACAAGAAAAUUCGCUUUUGGGAUAUUAGGACUGAAUGUGUAGUACGGGAAAUGGAAUUGCUUGGUAGGAUUACAGCUCUAGAUCUCAAUCCAGAGAGAACAGAGCUGCUCAGUUGUUCUCGAGAUGAUCUGUUGAAGAUUAUUGAUCUCAGAGUGAAUACUGUCAAACAGACUUUCAGUGCCCAAGGGUUUAAAUGUGGGUCUGAUUGGACCAGAGUUGUAUUCAGCCCUGAUGGAAAUUACAUAGCUGCUGGCUCAGCAGAUGGGUCACUCUAUAUUUGGAAUGUGCUCACUGAAAAAGUGGAAAGAAUACUCACUAAGCAUCACAGCAAUUCCAUCAAUGCUGUGGCAUGGUCACCAUCUGGAGCUCAUGUGGUCAGUGUGGAUAAAGGAAAUAAGGCUGUUCUGUGGUCUGAAUUUUGACUUGAAAGUGCAAAAACCAGCAUGCCAAAAAUCUUCGUGGGACAGCAGUGGUCUACAUCUGUCCGGACAGGAUAGAAGUCCCUUGUCAGGCUCCAUCCAACUGUCUUUUCUUAAGUGCAUAAGCAUGAUUCUAGGAAAGAACUGCUGAUGCAUCAACCAAGGAAGAAAAGUCUGUCCUAUCUAAUGUAUGUUGCUGGCAUUUGUGAAGGAUUGGCUGCACUGGGUGGAGGACCAGUCUUUCUUAAGAUGUAUUAUCUGUGCCCUGGAAAGAGUUAUUGCACCAGACAGCAGUGCCAAAUAAUUUUUACACAAUCUCCUACAGUAGUUUGAGCUUUCCAAGUGAUCUAGCAAGGUUCCUGUAUAUCACAAGUUUAUGCCUGUCACCUAUGUCUUCUUCUGUGGGCUAGCUAAGAUGGGAGGUGAAGAAUUGUUAAAACAAAGAAAGAAUGAAAUUGCAAAGGCCAUAAAUUUGAUGGUAAUGACAAUGGAGCUUCUAGUAUUUACUCUGUCACAGCCCCAUGUAUCAGCUUGACUUUUAGUAGAAGGAAUUGUCUAUUUUUCAGACAUGUUGCAUCCUCCAAAGGUUUUCCAGGCAGCAGUGAUAUGGAAGCUUUUUAACUGGGCCCAGUUUGUCUUGGGUUUUAAUUGUGGGAUAGAGUAAGAAGUACUGCUGCUGUGAUGAAGAAUGUAUGAUUAGCAUGACUUCAGCACUAAACCAAAUACAUGGUUACUUUUACUGCCCAGCCAUCCUUCUGUACUGGAGUCUCAAGCACAGAGCAAUUGAGGGAAAAAGAUACCUGAAUGUAAAUGUCCUGGUGCUGGCAAAUCCAGAUCACUUGCCUCUCACUAAAUGUGCAAUAUUCUUCCUGUGUUGGAGCUCUACCUCUGGCAUGGAGCGGGCUUGUGGGCCUGUGUCCCUUGGCAUUUAAAUGCACCAUAUGGUUUGGGAGGACUGACUUGUGGCAUUGAACAUACAUCCAGCCAAACACUUUUCCACAUCCAGUGGGCUGUGAGACAAGCCACCAGCAUUUAAUUGCCUUUUAAUUUGCACUUUAAUUUUGCUUCCUUCCUAAGCUUGUUUUAUAGGGAAGUGUUUGUACUGAAGGGCAGAGGUGAUCAGGAAUUCUUUACAUCUGGGGUUCUCAGCAGGGGAUCCCUUUAUUUUGACAACUUCUAUAGAGGAAAAUGGGAAGUACGCAGGACAAAUUUUAUUUAUUGUAUUAAUCUGUCCACUAGUACUUGACUGAUUCUAAAUAAACCUGUGUCCUAUUUUUAAAUCCA